UUUAACCCUGGCGUCAGUGUAAACUGAAAGACCUUUACUCGUGAUCUGCCUUGUCUAAGCGUCUUUGUUGUUGUUGUUUUUUUUAAACAUCAGUGAAAGGUGAUUGGCUCAUCCUUUGUUCGUUCUACAAGUGUUCUUUUCAAGGGGCUUUGCUUUGGUUUAUUCCAUUUUAAAAGAGCUUCUGUAGGAAGAAUAUUCGUCCGUGCAUCGCCCAUUUAAAGCUACAGAGGACUGUGACAUAAACUAACUGUGAACAGCCCAUGGCGUUAACUGUGAACUCUUGCUGGAUAGUGGCUUUGAGUGCAUGCCUUGCACUAACGGCAGGAGCGGAGUGCGGUAGGGAAUGUGCACUCUGUGUCUAUCACUUGUUGGGGCAGCAAACAGAGAGUGGCACUGUGACCUGCAUGCUGGAAUGUGGAGGGAGCAUGGACUUGAGUAGGCUUGAGCUAUGCCGAGAUGCCCUCAGUGAAGAUGAACGCAUCACCAUUGACAGCCCAACCCUGGAAGCGCAGGAUCCCAGGCACCUUCUCACCAAGAAAUACGGUGGCUUCAUGAAACGCUAUGGCGGGUUCAUGAUGAAGAAGGGACUCGAGCUGCGUGGGGCUGAGAGUGACAGCCUGGGGGCUGUGAGUAAGAAGUAUGGUGGCUUCAUGAAGAAGGAAGAGCCCAGAGCUCCUUCCGAGGAGCAACAACUUGACCUGCUGCGUGAAGUCCUGAGGGUGGGCCUCGGUGCAGAGGCAGGGCCCCAGCACGAGGGGGAGGAAGCAGCCAAGCGUUAUGGUGGCUUCAUGAGGAGUGUGCGUGGGGGGAGCAGCACUGAGGAGGUGGGGAGGGACCUCCACAAACGCUACGGGGGUUUCAUGCGCCGUGUGGGCAGGCCACAGUGGCUUGAUGAGCAGAAGGGCUACGGAACUUAUAAACGCUGGAAGGAUGGAGGGGAGUCCGCGCUGCCAGACACUCAGAAGAGAUAUGGAGGGUUCAUGGAUUAAGAAUAUUUUUGGAGAUUAGAAGGAACAUUCAUCUCAAACAUCCCAAAUUGGUGUAGAGCUUGCCACUUCUUUAAUUUAUUUUUAUAUACACAUAUACCAGCAUCUUUUUUUUGUCAUGGCUAUUGUGCAGUUAUCCUUCAUGUUCUUUGUUUAUUAGUAUGUUUCCCAUAUAUAAAUAAUAGAUAGAUAGAUAGAUAGAUAGAUAGAUAGAUAGA